AUGUAUUCUCAUACAUCCGAGGAUGUUGUUACCGAGACCAGGAAGAGGUCGAAUCAGGAUGAUAUCUAUCCACAGUCGAGUGAAAAGCGCUCAAAGUUGCAUUUAUCAAGCGACCUGGAAAAAUCUGCCGAAGAGCAAUCAUGCGAUUUAGAAACCCUUUUCUCUUCAUCGGAUGCAAUUCUAUCUGAUCUCCGUUGCUCUUUCCGCAAACUUAUUUCCACUGGCUUAUCGGCUGCAUAUGGAAAAAUUUUUCGCACUUCUGAGAUGGCUUUGUCAAAGAGCGAAUCUGCCCGACGUGAAACUGAUGAGCUACGAAAACGAAUAGAAUCCAUUGAACGUUCAGCUCAAAAACAGCAAAAACCUCCUUUACCGGCUCCGACUAAUCAUAAAUCUGAACCUCGCAAGCUUUCUAGUCAGGCCCCACGCCUGGCAUCUUCUUCUGAAGGACAUUCUGCCCAACAAACUCAUACAAACAACCAAUCUGAGCUCCGUCAAAAUUUGGCUCCAACUCAAAUGCAAAAUGCUACAAUUCCUGCUGGUUUUUCUUCAGUUCAUUCGUCACUCCUUUCAGAUCCUUCCAGGCAGGUCUGUACAACAUCCAUUUUGGAGCACAAUCCUGAUCUCAUGCAGCCACCUAUCUACAUGCCUCCCAAAGUUCCUUAUGCUACUUCUGGUUCUUUGUGCUCCAACAUGCAAAAAAAUAUUUCUCAUAGUUCUGCGCCCCUCUGCUCAAGCAUUAUACCUUGCACAAUGUCCAAUCAAGCAAUUGACUUGACUUCAGAAAAUUUAAUAACAGAUCCGCUUUCUAGAUCCUCAUUCCCCACUUCAGUUUACAGUCAGAGGAACGGCCUUACUCAGGCCUUCAGCUCUUUCCAGAAUUCCACCACAUCUUCAGCAAAAACUUCUCGUGAUACCGGGAACCUAAAAGAUAUGCUGCCUAGGCCCUCCCAAUCGGUUGUCCCGUCAGCUGUCAAUCAAGCCUCAUUCCAUUCGGCAUGUCCUGAUGGUUUUCAUUUGAUGCCCAAUCAAUUACUUGCUCAAAAUAGGCAAAUAAACCAGCAUUCAACUCACAACCUUUCUUCGAUGCCUCAACAAUCUCUGCAAUAUCAGGAACUACCUGUCGCGCCUCUUCCUCAACGACAUUCCGUUCCAUUAGUUCCGCAUGCUCCUAGAGUUCAACCUCCUGUCUUCGUUGAAAUUGCUCCUUCAGAUGAAGAGGGUGUGUGCGUCAAGUUCAGUCUUCCUCCUGUUGCCUUUCAUUUUGAGCCGGCAACUACUUAUGAGCUAUAUAGCUACCAGGCUUCCGAGUAUAACCCUAGAUUAUUCUCUUUUUCAGGAAUGACUCCAUGGAAAAAAGUGAGCCAAAUAAUAAUUAUUCUGGACAGCAUUAUUUUUUUAAAUAUACUUAAUUAUGGAAGGUAUAAAGACCAAGAUGGUGUGGCCUUUUGUGUGGUCGCAGUCUCCUUUCGUUGA